CUUUUGAGGAGCGGAACCCGAGCCUGCCUCUCAGAGCAGUUCAAGUCUGAUCGACUCAAUCAGCAAUUUCAGAAGGGAUCACUUAAAAUGUCGGAAAAGGGUAGUCGUUCCCGCGAUGUCAAGGCUAGGCCUGGCAAAACAGCACAGGCCAAAGCCCAAGAUGAUCAGGUCAUGGCAACAAAUAACAGCAGCAUCGUCUCAAAACGAAGCGUGGAAUAUCUAUACUACCCAAAUGAGCCGCACUUUUUCCGCUAUUUUGUCAAAAAGCUUCAGCGGAGGGCGCCGCUCAUCAAUAGGGGCUACUGGCUCCGGCUGCGUACGAUUGACGUGCUGGUCAGGAAUUUUCUGAGGGCGGUCCGGUCUAGAGGCAGGCGAGCUGUCGUUGUCAAUCUCGGUUGUGGGAGCGAUGUCCUUCCCUGGCAAUGCCUUACGCGCUAUCCCGAGGACUGCGGCAAUGCCAAGUUUGUCGACGUCGAUUUUCCGGAUCUGAUCGAGAGAAAACGGGCGACUGUGGCGAGGACCCCGGAGCUGCUUGGCGCAUUUACGGGAGUGCGGGAGGCACAGAAGUUGCUAAAGCCAGUUGUCUUUGAGAGCGACAAGUAUGCGCAGCUUGGUUGCGAUCUGAGAGACCUCAAGACCGUCCAGCAAGGCUUGGUAGAGGUUGUUGGGGAACUUGCAGAGUGCGAAUUCAUAUUCGUGGCUGAGGUUUCAAUCACGUAUAUGGAGACAGAGGGAGCAGAUGAGGUGAUUAGGUGGGCGUCGACAGUUGGACAAGCCGAGUUUGUCCUGCUGGAGCAGAUCCUCCCAGACGGAGAUGAACAUCCUUUCGCCUCGACUAUGCUCAGCCAUUUCCGCAAGCUCAACACGCCCUUAAAGUCAGUACACACUUACCCGACGGUGGCUGAUCAGCACAAGCGCUUCUCGUCCAGGGGAUGGGAUUCGGUCCGAGUCUGGACGCUUUGGCAAGCAUGGGCCGAUGAGAUUUUCUUGUCAAAAUCAGAGCGACUCUGGCUGGACGAGGUAGAGCCGUUCGACGAGUGGGAGGAGUUUGCCCUCUUUGCCAGCCAUUACUGUGUUGUCCAUGCCAAGGCUGGAAGCAACCUGCACUCGACGCCAGCUCCUUCAAUACCAAAUCUCGCCGAGAUCAGGGUCGAGCCGGCAGCGCCGCUGUACUUUGAUGAAUGCCCGGGACAGAGAGGACAGCGCCGAUUUGCAGCAGCCGUGCAGCUCUGCCAGGAGGGGACACCGCAGUUAGUCAUGAAUGUGCUAGGGCUGGGGACCAAAACGCGGUUACAGUCGUGUGACAUCUUUGCCCGCGGUGCUUCUGGGUACGAUUCCCCCCUCAAAUCGUGCGAGGUGGGGCCGGCAAGUAGGAUGUGUCAUACCCUAACAGAUCUUGGGAGCCAUGGCGUUCUUCUGGCAGGCGGCCGCGGUUCGCCAUCGCACCCUUUCAAGGAUUGCUGGCUCUUUGACAAGAGUCAGCAGGUUUGGCAACGCGUACAGGAUCUUCCGACCCCAUUGUACCGACAUGCGGUCACAGCAUUAGGGGACUCGGGGCUGGGCUUGCUCGUUGGCGGCAGAGGACAGCCUACCCCAAAUGAGGAUUGCCUUUUAUAUCACCCGGACGCAGGUUGGAUAUGCUGUGAAGUUGGGGGCGAAAAGCCAGCCGCCGUCUAUGGUGCGAUGCUUUCUCCCGCAGUUGCUAGCGGCGGGGGCCGCUUCAGCGGGAUAUAUGCUGGGGGUUUAGAAGAAGGUCUUAUCUCUAACCAGAUAUUACGGUGGGAAGCGGAUGUCUCAGAUAUCAAGAAACCCAUAAUCAAAUUCACGACCCUGUCAGUUGGAGACUCUUUCUCCCGCCAACUCCUGGCAAGAUUCGGCGCAAGUUGCCUUCAGCACGGCGACGAGUUUAUAGUGCUGGGCGGUGUUGGCAGGGACCAUCUUCUGAACCAGCAGUACGAAGUCGUGGUUUUGUCAACAUCAGAAGGUGUGCUCAGCGUCACCGGCCGCCGCUUUGUCGUUAGCGGUCCAGAAGGGAGUGAAUUGGCCCCAAGACCCCUAUUCGUUGGGCACUCGGCAGUUUCCAUGCCAGACAGCAGUGUUGUCAUUGUCGGGGGUGGAGCAACAUGCUUCUCCAUGGGUACAUUUUGGAAUAAGGGGGUGUAUUCCCUGCAUCUUGCAAAUGUCGAUGACUUGCCAAUGGGCAGGUCCUUGGACUCCCACUGGGCACACGAGACCACGAUUGAUAUAAUUCCAGGCGAGCCAAGUCUGCCGACCGAUCCGGGACAUGAGGACGGCCUUGCAAGUUGCCGAAUCACACCCAUCGCCAGGUUAAGAGUUGAGACGGAAGACGAGUUCCGCAAGAUAAUCCGUGAAGGCCGGCCGGUAGUGCUAGAAGGUUUGGAUCUUGGCAAUUGCGUCUCAGCAUGGACACUGGAAUACCUUGUAGAGAAGGUUGGGGGUGAUCGCAAGGUUGUUAUCCAUGAAGCUGCAACCCAGGCCAUGGACUUCACGUCCAAGAACUUCCGCUACGUCACAACCGAGUUUGGCGAGUUCGCAAGGCGAAUUGAACGAGGCGACAGGCUGUACUUGAGGGCGCUGUCUCAUGAGAAGCCAACCGAGAGACCGGCACUGUUGGCAGAAGACUUCCCUGGCCUGAGCACUGACUUUGACCUCCCUUCACAACUAUCCCUAGUGAGAGAUAACCUUUUCAGUUCCGUGUUGAGGCUAUCCGGGCCGGUGAACAUGUGGCUGCACUACGACGUCAUGGCAAAUGUCUACUGCCAGAUCGGCGGGUCUAAACGCCUCAUCCUCUUUCCGCCUUCGGAUGUUGAGCAUCUGUCCUUUGCCCCAGGUGCAUCCAGCUCCGGUAUAGACGUUUUCUCGAAUCUAGAUUCGACGCGGCUGGCGCAAACCCGCCCUCACGAGGCCAUGCUAUCGCCUGGAGAUGUGUUGUUUCUGCCUCCGCUAUGGCUGCAUACGGCGACACCAACGUCAAACCAGAGCAUAGCAGUCAACGUCUUCUUUAGGGAUCUUGGCAGCACGCACUACGCUGCCGGAAGGGAUGUGUAUGGCAAUCGAGAUCUGGCGGCGUACGAGAAGGGGAGGCAGGAUGUUGCCCGCAUCGCAAAUAGUUUUCAGAAGCUGCCGGCCGAGGCGAAAGAGUUUUAUCUUCUGAGGCUGGCCGAUGAGCUCCGGCGCAAGGCCCUGGCGUGAUAUGACAAGUAUCAAAUGGUCUAGAGGGUUUUGGACAGCGGAGGCAACAUGUAACAGCAUUGAUAAGCCAUUGUUGUGGUGAGCAUACCAAAGAUACCUUACUUCGUACAGUACCAAGGUACUGAUUCUAUGUACCGGUAUUUGUACCUUCGUACUGUACCCUUACUACCCUGAGUGUGCGGGAUCCUGCCGUGUCGCGAUUCCGUCUCCUG